GUCGGGGUCCAGAGGACACGCUGGUAUCGACAGUCACUUACCAGCGGCUCAGAAUGGAGCACACUUCACUUUAUGUGCUACUCUGUGAGUAUGAUGAAUGUAUUUACCUGUAUUUUAAAUUUUGCUCGCUAACUAUUUCCUUUAUUGGAAGAGAAAAUGUUUCAACCAUAGAAUAUGAAGUAUGUCACAUAUGCGGCAACAGAUGACAACGUUGUUUGGUUACCGACUGUUACGGAUACAAGUAUCCUGUGUGUCUAUCCUGUGUGUGUGUGGUUCUUUUCCCUCCUUCUCCCCUCACAGGUGAAAAUCAUCACUCCCCAAUCAGUCAACAAUCAUCAAUCAGAAGACACACCUCCUCCCGUUUCCCACCCAAUCACAGUUCCUUUCCCUUGGUUUAAAAAGCCAUCAGUUGUUUGCUCUAGAGCUCAAUCUCUGUAAAUGCCAUGUCUGUAGGUCUCUGUGUUUCGCUCUCUCGUUGUGUAUUAACAUCUCUUUUGUUUGAGCACCUCCGUAGCACUUUGUCAUUACCUCAGCCCUCGUCAAAAGGAGGUCUCUACUCUUUCUUCUCUGUGUGUUUUUGUUAGUCAACUGCUAGCUGCCAGUGACAGUGAUGAGUACAUACAGCCAGAGGAAGCAGUCAUACAACGCCUUAAAGAGAUGUUUGGUUGUCCCUUCUCCUCCUUCUCAAAACAGGGAAUACUACUUAUCCUACUCUCUAACCUCCACUAUGGUGUGGGUGUUUCUUCAUACCUGUCAUUCCACAAGACAGUAGGGGACUCCGUGGAGAUCCCUGCAGGCUUAGAGGGGCAUAAUGUCACCAUAAUGCAGUGGAAGUACAGAGGGAAGGAUAUUGCAGAAUUCAACUCAGAAGUUGUAUAUUCACUAGGAUCCCAGUUCGAGGGGAGACUAGAGAUGAAUGUCAUUAACUUCAGUUUAACAAUUAGGAAACUGACUCUGCAAGACUCAGGGGAAUUUCUAGUUACUGCUGAAACAGACGAGCAGAUUCCCACUAAGGCUGUCACUCUUCAGGUUCAUGAGCCUAUAUCGAAGAUGGUGAUCCAGACAGACAUCAAGCUAUUGGCCAACCACUCCUGUACGGUACGGCUGGUGUGCAACGUGUCCUGCUACCCCAACAUUACCUACACCUGGGAGAGAGACAAUGAGAUCUACGGUGACGCCCAGCAGAUUCACUUCUCUCUCUCACCAGCAGAGAGGGACAUCAAUGUAAAGUGCAACGCCUCCAAUCUAGUCAGUUGGAAAACUGCCUCUACGACAGUAAAGUGUAGUAAUGACACAACCACCCCAGGACAGGCAUGGUAUUCCAUCUACAUCGGAGUAUCAGUAGGAGGCGCUGUGGUGCUGAUCCUCACUGUAGCUGUGGCAGUGUGCUACUGCAGGAAACACCGUAACAAAGCAGAUCUAACUGACAACACAAUAUAUGCUGAUGUUAUGGACAACACAAUAAUUAGAGAUACAAGAUCAAACAGUCAUCUAAACCCAGUAUCCAUCUAUGAAACUGUCAAUGAUCUGGUUAUCCCAAGAUUGAACAAGCCGCAGACUGUGUAUGACAAGAUCACGUUUGGAUGCCGGGAAGCCCACCCUUCUCCUUUCCAGGAAGUAUUGUGAGCUGAACAGGAUGUGGUCACAGGCUGUGCCUUCCAUAGAUAUGGAACCCUCUGCAUCUUACACGUGUACAUUCUGAAGAUAGGCCUAGAUGUUUCUGUUAAAUUUCACGCCCUACACUAUUUGUUUACUUUUUCACGAUUGUAAUCUUCCCCCUUUGUUGAUCUCAUAUAUACAUUGUAUAUAUUUACAAGUAUGUGGACACCUAUUCAAAUUUGUGGCUGAAAUAGCUGAAUCCAAUCUCCACAGACAAACAUUGGCAGUAGAAUGGCAGCACUGAAGAGCUCAGUGACUUUAAUCAUGGCACUGCCAUGUUUUGUGGCUGUUUUUCAUGGUUCAUGCUAGGCCCCUAGGUUUCAGUGAAGGGAAAUCUUAACACUACAGAAUACAAUGACAUGCUAAACGAUUCUAUACAUCCAACUUUGUGGCAACAGUUUGGGGAAGGCCCUUUUCUGUUUCAGCAUGACCAUGCCGUCGUGCACAAAGGGAGGUGCAUACAGAAAUGGCUUGUUGAGAUCAGUGUGGAAGAACUUGCCUGGCCUGCACAGAGCCCUGACCUCAACCCCAGUGAACACCGUUGAGAUGAAUUGGAACGCUGACUGUGAGCCAGGCCUAAUUGCCCAACAUCAGUGCCCAACCUCAUUAAUGCUCGUGGCUGAAUGGAAGCAAGUCUGCAGCAGGUGUCCACAUACCUUUGGCCAUGUCAUAUGUAUACAGUACCAGUCAUAGUUUGGACACAUCUACUCAUUCCAGGGUUUUUCUCUAUUUUUACUAUUUUCUACAUUGUAGAAUACUAGUGAAGACAUCAAAACUAUGAAAUAACAUAUAUGGAAUCAAGUAUUGAAUGAGUCGGUGUGUCCAAACUUUUGACUGGUUCUUUAUCCAGUUGAAGUCGGAAGUUUACAUACACUUAUGUUGGAGUCAUAAAACUUGUUUUUCAAGUUCUGUGGAUGUGUGGAUGUGUGCAUGCAUUAGAACCUUUUAUUUUCUAGAGAUUCAGGCUAACAACUUUUUUUUAUUAAAGGUUCAGUGCAUCCA